UAAUUGAAGUUUCUUUAGUUUCUUCGGCGGAGCUCGCGCGCAGUGUUGUCCGAUCCGCGAAGGGAUUAAAUACACAGCAGCGGGGACAAUGUUUUCCAGGAGCCUGAACCUGUGCAUGAGCCUGUGCUUGUGGAUUACGGCGUUGACGAGCCCGGGAAGUGUGUCCGCGAGGAAGCAGGACGACUCUUUCUUCACUGCCAGCAUUUACCGAGCAAGAUGCGCCUCGAGAUGCCUCAGUCUGCACAUCACUCGCAUCUCUGCUUUUUUCAAGCACUCCCAGAAUAAUGGGUCCUUGGUUUGGUGCCAGAAUCACAAGCAGUGCUCCAAGUGCCUGGAGCCCUGCAAGGAAUCCUGGGACCUGAAGGAAAACCAGUGCCAAGAUUUAUGUGAGCCCCUUUUUCCCAAGAAGCAUUAUGAGUGUCUAACAAGCUGCGAGUUCUUGAAGUCAGUGGAGGGAGUAAAGCAAGGCGACUGUCCUGCUCCGGAGAAGGCCAGCGGCUUUGCUGCAGCCUGUGUGGAAAGCUGUGAGGAGGAUGGAGAGUGCUCAGCAGUCAAGAAGUGCUGCUCUAAUGACUGUGGCCACACCUGCCAGAUGCCCAAGAAUCUCUACAAAGGAGUCCCCUUGAAGCCGAGGAAGGAGCUGGUGUUUGUGGAGCAGCCGUCAGGGCAGCUGGAGAUCCGCUGGUCUUCCAAGUUCAACAUCUCUGUGGAGCCCGUCCUCUAUGUGGUGCAGCGCCGCUGGAACUACGGCAUCCAUCCCAGUGAGGAUGAUGCCACUGAGUGGCAAACUGUGGCACAGACUGCAGAGGAGCGCAUCCAACUGGCUGACAUCAGAGCCAGCAGAUGGUACCAGUUCAGAGUUGCAGCAGUCAAUGUCCACGGGACCCGCGGCUUCACUGCACCCAGCAAACACUUCCGCUCCUCCAGAGAUCCAUCUGCCCCUCCCAGCCCUACCAGUCUGCAUGUUACCAAUGUGACGAUAGACGAUGAAGGCUUGGUGACAGUUCGUCUCAACUGGACUUUGCCCGAGGAGCCGGAUAUUCCCAUACAUCACUACAAAGUGUUCUGGAGCUGGACGGUGCCCACCAAGUCGAUGGUACCAUCCAAGAAGAAAAGGAGAAAGACCACCAAUGGGGCUCAAAACUGGGUGGAUCUGGAGGGACUGCAACAAAACAGCAGUUACACUGUGGAGCUGCAAGCUGUCACAUACUGGGGACAGGUGCGACUGAAGAGCUCCAAGGCUUCUCUCCACUUCAGCACCACACAGAAUAAUGAAUCAGCAAAAUCGGUGCUUAAGUCAAAGAAGGAGGAUGUAUCCCCUCUCAGUUCAACCCUGGUCAAACACCCCUCUGGCCCUCUUGAAGUUGGCACGCCCUUCUACCAGGAUGGUCAGCUGCAGGUCCGUGUCUACUGGAAAAAACGAGGAGAUCCUGCCGUGAGUCGCUACCACGUCCAGUGGAUGCCCGAGUACUGCAGCCACAAUGAGACCCGAGGACCAGAGAAAUCCGUCACGCAGGAGAACUACAUCAAUCUCCCAGGUCUGCUUUUCUCCUGCAAAUACAAAGUCACCGUUCACUUGCUAAAGUCCAAGAGACGCUCCAAGGACGAGAGCACCACCUUCCUGACCCCAUCCUGCGCCACCCUACGGAGCAAGACUCACAAACACAUUCCCUGCUCGGGGGAAGGAGCUUCGGGGCCACCAAAGGUUUUGGCUAAGCCGGAGAACCUGACUGCCUCCUUUUCCAUCAAUGAUGGAAACAUCACUGGUAGCUUCUUAUGGCGUGUGUCCAGGGUGGCUCCUCAUCAGCGAAUCACAGGCUUCCAGGUCACUUGGGCUGAGAUCAACACAGAAAGCCGGCAAAAUAGCCUGCCCAACAGCAUCAUCUCCCAGUCCCAGAUCCUGCCUCCGGAUCAUAACUUACUUGUGGUGUCCAACCUGCGGCCCACCACCUACUACAGACUGGAGGUACAGGUCAUAACAACUGGUGGAGAAGGUCCCGCCACUGUCAAGACCUUCCAGACCCCAAACAUAUUACCCAUCAUACAACACCGACCCAGACUUCGGCAGCACCACUCUCAUCAUCAGAAGCCAUCAGUGGAGAGACACUGAGUUUGUGACUGGAGGCAAACCCAACAGGGCGACGUACCGGUGGCUCUCUGCUUCUGUCUGCCAGGGAAGGAAUGUGUGGAACCAAACAGACACACAGCGCACCAGACCAUGAAACUGACUCCCUCCCCUCCUCACCUCUGCUCAUGAAAUAUGGGUCUAUUUUCUUCAGGCUCCACAGCACGUCUGCUCUUCCUUCUUAACCCCUCACUCUUGACUUAAACGUCACCGGACGGGUUUGUGUGUACAGUGAAAUUUAUACUGCGAUCUCUCAUAUUCUACGUCUGUUAGUGCACAGCUCCCCAACUCAUCCCAGGCUCAUAAGGAAGUGAUGAAAUUCCUGCUAAAAUAUGAUCCAAGAACUUCAAAAUUUGUUGUGAUCCAGCUGUCACUGCGCACAACAAAAAGACCUUUGAUUGGACUGGGUAAAUACAUGGUUGAAAGAAACACACUUGCGUUGGAAACUUGAUUGAAGAUGGUUGGAUGGCAGGGAAUGCCAGAACUUCUGUUUAGUCAUGAAGAAGAAAAAUAAGAAAAGAAAAAGUAGAAAUGCAUCUAUUUAUUUUGUGUUACCCAUUAAAGAGGCGUUUAGACAUACAGUCUGUACUGAUGGAUAAUGUAACUAAAGUUAUUGUUGUCUAACCCAGAAUAUUCCACGUAGUAUGUUGCAUGUAGUACAUUUGAUUUUUGAGCUGUAAAUGAAUUACUUGCUUCAAAUUGAAAGCUCGUAAUGGUUUUGCAUGACAACCAUUCUGUUGGCAUGAAAUAACGUCUGUGUUCCUUCUUUUCACUAUGUUAGCAAUCUUUCAUUAACAGAUUAACAAAGAAUUAUAUUGGAAGUAAUAUGUAAUGUUUAUUAAUGAAAUUAUAACUUGUGUGGAAAUGAUGAAUUGUACAUGUUCUUGGCUGUAGAAAUAUUUGUCGUGAAGCAGUCAGUGAAUGUCUAUAUUUAUUUAUGUGUGUAUUACAAAGUUUGAUUUGGAUGUGUGUGAAUGUGUAUGUUUUUGUGUGCUGUAGUCUCCAAUUCUCCAAUUGACCUGGCAACAAAAAACCAACAAAAAAUCUUGUAAAGACGUUUUGUAAAAAUGGAAUUGUAAAUACAGUCUUAUGUUACAUGUUAUUUUUCCAUGGUAGAAACUGUACAAACCUAAGUAAUAAAAUAAUCCUCAAUCUGU